GCAGCCUCUACUCGCUCCUCCCGGUAACCAUGGAUACGAGCACGCCAAAGAAGCCUCCGAUCUGCUCAGCGAGGGGAAGUACAAGGAGAGUGGUAAGAAGGAGAGGUCCUCCUCCCUCUACUCCACCAUGGCCGACACGCUGGAGACCUGCUUCGCCAGGGAGGUCACUGGCAUGCAGAGUGAGAACAAGUACAAGGAGGACGGUAAGAAGGGUCUCUCUCAGAGCAUCUACUCUCAACUCCCAGAGACCUCAGACACCCAGUUCGCCAAGACCGUCUCUCAGACACAGAGCGAGAUGAAGUACAGGGAGUCCGGGAAGAGAGGAGACGGUAGCUCUCUGUACUCUACUCUACCUGAGACACUGGAGACCCAGCACGCUAGAGAGGCCUCUCAGCUACAGAGCCAGCUCCAGUACAAGCAGGCCUCCCGGACGGACGGCUCCUCCAGCCUGUACCACCUGAUGCCCGAGACCAACGAGAUGCACUUUGCCAAGGAGCAGUCAGAGCAGCAGAGUGAGGUGAAGUACAAGGAGGAAGGCAAGAGGGAGGCCAGCAUCAGCCUGUACUCCCUGAUGCCCCAGACCCUGGAGACGCAGCGCGCCCGGGACCUGACGGACAUGCUGAGUGAGGCCAAGUACAAGGAGGCUGGGAGGAGGCAGACUGCCAGCUCUUCUGUAUCAGCAUCUCCCAGAAACCCUGGAGACCCAGCACGCUAGAGAGGCCUCCCAGCUACAGAGUCAGAUCCUGUACAAAGAGCAGGGGAAGAAGGAGAGGUCAGGAGCCGUGUUCCACCACAUGCCCCAAACUCUGGACACUCAGUUUGCUAAAGACAUCACCCAAAUGCAGAGCCAGAGCAAGUACAAGGAGGACGGGAAGAAGAGUCUCUCUCAGAGCAUCUACUCUCAACUCCCAUAGACCCCAAACAC